AUCACAUAUGUGACAAAGCAUUUUUGUUUUUCUAAUAAUUUUAGCAAUGUGUCGAUGAUUUGCUCGGGACUCCCUCAGUCUGUGCUAUUAUUAACUCCUAGCUCUAGGUCUGGAUCAGAGAUGGAGGCGGGGCCAGAGGAACAUUCUCUCUUCAGAGCAGGAAUCAAAACAAGAGAGGGACACGCCUUCUUCAUGGUGUACCUCUGCUGUCAAGACUGCCUGCACAAAUCUGGAGGAUGAUGAUCGAACUGUAAGAUCUGCAUCUACCGUGCAUUAAUUUUCGCAGUGGAUUCGUCAAGCACCCUCGACAUGAUAUCCGCAGAAAUGCUCGGUGGCGGUCGCUGACAGGCUGCAUUCAUACUGAGCGCUCCAUUAUGCCCAACCAAAAAAGCAACAAGGGGAAGAGAAAUAAACGCACGAAUAGUAGCGGGGACGAGCAAGAAAAUGGAGCCUCUGCGUCUGCGGUUACAGGAGGAACUGCCUCGGUGUUGACUGGAGCGACAGCGGGUCCGCCGAGCGACAACAGAAGCGGUAAGAACGUCACUUCAGUGAAUGUUCUAUCAGACGAGGCCACAUGUGCCACCCCAUUAGUGUGCAGUCUGGGCCGUCCCGUUGACCUUGAGAAGGACGACUACCAGCGUGUGGUGUGCAACAGUGAACUCUGCCCCUACGGCAAUUGGAUGCACCUGCAAUGCUUCUAUGAGUGGGAGAGCAGCAUCCUGGUGCAGUUCAACUGCAUCGGCCGGGCCCGCAGCUGGAACGAGAAGCAGUGCCGACAGAACAUGUGGACCAAAAAGGGCUACGAUUUAGCCUUCCGCUUCUGCUCCUGUCGCUGCGGCCAGGGACACCUGAAAAAAGACACUGACUGGUACCAGGUGAAACGCAUGCAGGACGAGCGCAAGAAAAAGCUGCCAGAGAAAGGGAGCGGGAAGCCCAGCAGUGGUGCCUCCUCUGUAGGUGGUGCUUGCGGCGGAGGGGGGCCGGAAGCUGCCGAUGAGCCUAAGAAAGGGAAAUCAUCUGCGAGCCACAAGUUAGCUCACCGUGGCUCCAGUCAGGAACUGUCUCGCAGACAAUCGGCAGAUUGGCAGAACUCCCAGGAGAGAUGUCACGCCGGUCCUCCCAAUGCCGUCGGUGGGGUUUCCCACGGCCUCCGCUCCCCAUGCGAAUCCCCCACUCAGUCCCCCCCGUCAGGCUUCGCCUCCUUUCCCCCCCAGUCCCUCGGUGGCCCGCGUAGCUCGAGGCACCUGGGUGAGUUUCUAAAGAACGCGGUUCAUACAGAAGGCCACAGGAAGCAUUUGCUGUCCGGAGGUGGGGUGGCACGUGGGGCUCACUUUGAGCAGGGAGCCGCCAACAUGUGCCUCCCUCGGCUUUCUCCUGGAGACAACCCUGUGCAGUUCCUGAGGAGGCUGGAUCUUUCAGAGCUGCUCACACACAUUCCCAGACACAAGCUCAACACUUAUCAUGUGCGAAUGGAGGACGAUGCCCAAGCUGGGCAGGGAGAGGAUCUCAGGAAGUUUAUACUCUCUGCGCUCAGUGCGAGUCACCGCAAUGUGGUGAACUGUGCCCUUUGCCAUCACACCCUGCCCAUCUUUGAGCAGUUCCCUUUAGUGGAUGGAACGCUGUUCCUGAGCCCUUCACGCCAUGAUGAGAUCGAGUAUGAUGUACCUUGCCAUUUACAAGGGAGGCUGAUGCACCUUUAUGCCAUCUGUGUGGACUGCCUGGAAGGAGUACACAAAAUCGUGUGUAUAAAGUGCAAGUCUAGGUGGGAUGGAAGCUGGCACCAGCUGGGCACAAUGUACACAUACGACAUACUGGCUGCAUCGCCGUGCUGCCAGGUAAUGAAUCUGUUAGUGCUCAUAAACUAUAUAACAUAUCAUUUUAUAUUUUAUAUAUAUAUUAGUAAAAUGUCACUACUCUCUUUCUGCCUAGGCACGGCUCAACUGCAAGCAUUGUGGGAAACCCGUUAUAGACGUACGUGUGGGCAUGCAGUAUUUCUCCGAGUACAGCAAUGUACAGCAGUGUCCUCACUGUGGCAAUCUGGACUAUCACUUCGUAAAGCCAUUCUCCUCGUUCAAAGUUCUCGAAGCUUAUUGACAAAAGUUGCAUUUGCAUGCUAGUAUUUUUUCCCUGUUUUUUCUAUUCAUAGAAUUACUUAUUUUGGGCUCUUGUCGACACUUUGUGUGGGAUUAGUUCUCUUUAGGAACAAAAUAGAAAGAAUUAAAGCAUACAACGUUACGUCGGAGAGCGUAUCUUUUGUUAAGAGAAAGAGGGUGUGCUUUUGCGUAUAUUCUAACGCCAUCCUUGAAAUGUUUGAGCUUGCAUUUAAAAAACAAAGCAACAACAAUACUGUGACAAGUGAAUGUAUCUCUGUAUGCCAAAUUUGCUCUUUUGUACAAAAAAAAAACAAGAAAACAAUAAAAUACAUAAAAGGAA